AAUUGGAUGGACCAGAGAUUUAAUAAAAAACAAACGAACAAACGGCGUUUCUUUACCCAUUACCAUGCUAUAGACUAGCCAGUCAUAUAAUACCCUAACCUGCGAUGGCGGGGCUGUACCUACUUACAGGCUAAUUCUAAACUCUGUUAAGCCUUUAAAUUCAAACAAUUAUUAUUUUAAUGAGGUCUGGAAGGCUUCCGUGGGUAGGACGUUACAGUAGCUCAAAUGCACUUGUUACACCAGCACAUCACAGUGCAUUGGUGAUCAGGGUAAAGGGCAGUAGAAUUGGAAUACAAAUUAGUUGCACAUUUUCUCAAAUGGAGUUCGCUAAAUUUGGUGAAGUCGUCAUCAGUAAUGCGGCAGAACUAGAGAAGAAAAAAAAUGCUAUUCGAGCUUCCGGGCCUGCUAAAUUACAGGUAAUUGCUGAUUUUGACAUGACACUUACAAAAUGCUGGGUUGAUGGCAAGCGUGGACAGAGCAGCCAUGCUCUCUUGAAGCAAGGGAAUGCUGAAUAUGACCUCAAGCGGCGACGGUUAUAUGAUUAUUACCGGCCGUUAGAGGUCUGUCCUACAAUUGCCAUUGAUGAGAAGACAAAGCUUAUGGAGGAGUGGUGGGAAAAAACUCAUGCACUCCUUGUUGAGGGUGGUCUGAAUUAUGCAGCUAUAAGGAACUCUGUUACAAAUUCAGCAAUCGACUUUCGGGAUGGUGUGGUUCAGUUGUUUGAGAUCCUUGAGAAAAUUGAGGUGCCUGUUCUGAUAUUUUCAGCAGGCCUUGCAGACAUUAUUGAAGAGGUUAUGCGGCAGAAACUUCACAAAAAUUUCAAGAAUGUCAAGGUGGUUUCUAAUCGCAUGGUUUUUGAUAUCCAUGGCAACCUUGUUGGGUUUAAAGGAAAGACGAUUCAUGUAUUGAACAAGAAUGAACAUGCUCUUGAAAUGGCUGCCCCAGUCCAUGAGAAAUUGGGCAACAAUAAUGGGGUUGAAAGUGAUGCCAAUGGUGCUUCUGUUGUUAAGGAUAGAACAAAUGUGUUGCUACUUGGGGAUCAUAUUGGAGAUCUUGGCAUGUCUGAUGGUUUGGACUUUGAGAAUUGUAUCUCAGUUGCAUUCUUAAAUGAGAAUGUUGAGAAAUCAAUGGAUAUUUAUAAGCAGGCGUAUGAUAUUGUCUUACCGAAUGAUGCACCCAUGUGGGAAGUUGUGAACCUGGUAAAAGAACUGUGUUUAUAAGUCCGUUGGUUAAAUGUGGCCAGGAUACAAAACUACAAUUAACAUCCUACUUAUAAAAGAUUGACAAUCUUUCAUUUUGAUGAUUUGCUUGGACUAUUGGUCUAACUAAAAGCAACACUGCUGGACUUAUUUCAAAUUCCUUGGGAAGGUUAAUUUUUGUAUAGGAAAAUACCUUGCAAAUCUUUAUAUUCUUAAUUCUUUACCUGGUACAUACAGUUGUUGAACAUGAAUUCAAAUGUAAUACAAGAAUAAUUCAUUGUUUGUAUUUGUAAAUUACUUGCAAGUCUUUCUUGUGUU